GGAUUUUGGGCAACAUUAGUCCGUGAUUGUCCUGCUUUUGGCAUCUAUUUCGCUUCAUACGAAUGGAUGUCACGAAGUAUGAGCAAAGAUGGCAAAAUGGAGUCACUUACUGGACCUCAAUUGCUUUUUGCUGGUGGUGCCGCUGGUAUGUUAUCGUGGUUGUUCAACUAUCCCUCCGAUGUCGUUAAGACGCGGUUUCAAGCUAACGACAACUACAAAAGUUACCUGCACUGUAUACAGAGCACUUAUAGAGAAGGUGGCAUGCGAAUGUUCUACACUGGUCUCGGCUCUACUUUAUUACGGUUAGAGCUGAAUCCCUUAGUUUUCCGUGAAAACCCAUAUUUUACCAAUAUUAACUGUCAUUAUACCUGUAUUGCUAUUCAUUCAUUGAAUUCUCAUCUUUUGCAGAGCUUUCCCUUCUAA